ACACGGCAGUGCCAGCACAAACCCCUGACCCCUAACUAAACAACACGCCGAUGUUGCCAUGGCGUCGACCUUCCCCUAAAAGUCUCUGAAAGGGCAUCUGCUUUUUGUAUGCAUCCCCUCCUCUCUCUCUCUCUCUCUCUCUCUCUCUCUCUCUCUCUCUCUCUCUCCAUAGCUCCACACCGGCAUCAAUGGGGCAGAACAACCAUGGCGUGAGCACGUCGACGACCGCGCCGACGGCGCGCGGAGCCUCGCAAGCGGCGGCGCCGACCACGACGCGGCCCAAGAUAAGGAUCAUCCACAUCAUCGCGCCGGAGAUCAUCAAGACCGACGUCGCCAACUUCCGGGACCUCGUGCAGCGGCUCACCGGCAAGCCCGCGUGUGCCAGCACGGCGGCGCACAUGGCGACGACAGCACCGCCGGUACGGAAGGAGGAGGAGGAGAAGAAGGAGGAGGAGGCGACCAAGAAGAGGCCAGCGCCGGCUGCUUUGGUGACGACGGAGAGGAGUGAUUUCGCGGCGCAGCAGGAGCCCGCCAAGAAGAGGAAGAUCAAGUGCGAGGUGAAGGUGGAAGAAGGUGGCUUCGGCGACUACUACGACCUUGAUCGCAGCGACCUGUGGAUGGAUCUCAACCCGGGAGGCUUCCUGAGCUUCCUGGAGGAGGAGGCCGACGUCUUCCAAGGCCUGGCUGCCGCUGAUGACUUCCUUCUCCCCCUCCCCCUCCCCCUCGGCUCGUCGAGGCCGCUGGAUUUGGUUGGUGAAAUGUACGCGUUUUGAUCCAUAUAGGUCUGGAGAGCUUUGAAUUCUUGCGUAUUUGUUCCUUUUUUGUGCCGUGAGGAUUUUGCACUUUGGUCGAGAAUUCGGCCGGUUUCGGUUGAAUUUUUUUGUAUUUCUUUUUGUUUAGAUGAACACGUUAGUGUUGGAAGUUCUUGCACCCCGGUGACGUGAAUGUAAGGGGAUCGUACAGAGAAGGAUUGGUCAUUUGCGUGCUCACAUUUCUGAUGGUGAAGAAAAGCAAAUGUAAGCACCCCAAAUGACCAAUGUAAGUGGAUGAACUGAUGAAGUCAGAACAGAAGAGUGAUGCCAGUAAUGAUGUGUAUGUAAGAGUCACUGAUAAAUGGGUGAAAACAUACAAGGAUUGAUCAGAUUGGGGGGGUCUUCAA